CCAAGCGCACCAACCAACCUUAACAAUAUGCGAGGUCCGUAUAUAAAUAGGUGAAGGUCUGUUUAAUUCAUGGCGGGACGGACAGGGAUCGACAAAAUCAAAGUUGUAUUUGGGAUGUUUAGAUACAUUUUCUGUUGGGAUUGCAUUUGGCCUGGAGUUGGCCUGCAUUUCAUCUACACUAUCCUAUCCUAUCAGUGUCUGGCCCAAUGCUGUCUCUAUACAGGAUUGUUGCCCUAGUAUACUGACUGUAAUCCGUGAUUGAGUGGGAAUAUCCAUCCCCUAUUCCCUAUUCUGUGCCCGUCAAGGAAAGGAUCUGAUCUCCUCUGGAACAUCCAGCGUUUGCAAGCAAUUCUGGCCACCAUGAAGCAAACUAAUCCCCCGUUCACCUUAACAUGCGCAGCUUCAACUCGGAAUUAUGCCUUUUCGACGCCUGAAAAGUCAUUAGGCAAGAAAAAUGCCGUUGCGGGAGAAAACAGGGCGAUAUCCAACUACUUCAAAGAAGCUUCCUGGACACCAGAUGGGACCAGUAUAAUUACGAAUUCUGCUGAUAACACUAUCAGAACAUUUGUGCUACCUGCCGAUUUGAUCGAACAGAGAAAGGAACCCCUUGAACUGGAACCGUAUCAUACAAUUCCAUCGGCAGAACCAAUAUAUGCAAUGGCUAUUUACCCGUUCUACGGACUACAGGAUGCAUCUUCGACGCUGCUGCUCUCUUCUGUCAGAGACCACCCUAUUCGAUUGACUUCAGCUUUAUAUCCGGGAUUCUCAGCAUCGUAUAGUCUUAUAUCACCCACAACAGAGGCCUUCAUUACGCCCCAUUGCAUCCUCUAUCCUCCUAUCCUUAGCGGGACUCAGUUUCUGACAGGUUCGGACAGUUUGAUAUGCCUAUUCGACGUGUCUCGUCCUGGAACGGACGGACCCGUGUCCAGACUCCAGACCAUUCCAAGCAAACGGAAGAAGAUCGUUGGUGGUGGUGUCGGGAUGAAGGGUAUCGUUUCCACCAUGGCAAUCAACCCAUCAGGGGAUGGGAUUUUAGCAGCGGGUACUUUCACGAGAUACAUAGGCCUUUACGCGUCCAAUGGAUGCGGUGAUACUAUUGCCACAUUCAGUGUCGAAGGUACGGCAGCAGAUUCACGUGUUGGAGGUAAGGGCAUUACGCAGGUGCUCUGGAGCCCAUGUGGCCGAUAUUUAUUCGUCAUCGAGCGUAAAAGUAGUGGGAUUCUCGUGUACGAUAUUCGAGUCACUGGCCAAUUAGUGGGUUGGUUGGAGGGGAGGGGAGGAAUGACAAACCAAAAACUCAAAGCGGAUAUUGUUCCUGGAGGGGAACGUAACGCUACGGAAAUUUGGGCUGGUGGGACUGAUGGAGCACUAAGAAUGUGGUUGGAUCCCGCAAGUGUUACUGGGGAAGGGAGAGAGCCGGAAUGGGAGAAGCAAGUCCAUGAUGACCCUGUGACCAGUGCCGUUUUCCACCAUACGGGUGGUGUUCUAGCCACCUGCUCUGGUCAAAAAAAGUAUCCAUCGUUCAACGACGACGAAACUAUGGAUAUCAACGCCAGCAGCGACAAUCGCCUAAAAAUAUGGGCACUUUAAGCACUUUGAAAGUUCAGCAGGCUCAUCUUUUGGGCAUGGACGCUUUUAUAUAUAUAUAAACCCCCAACUGGCACUGUGUCAUCACAGCCUAUAAACUAUGGGAAGUAGUCUUUUUUUUCAAGUUCAACCGUUGGCUGAAGACCGCACCCCAUUAGAGGUGCCAUAUCAAUCGCACAUCAACUUCCUCCAGGCUCCAACGAGCUAAAUUCGUUGGCACGCGGGCAUGCAGCUUAGCACUUGUGAUGAUCUAUAGGAUCGUCUUACUCUACCCCGUUUCAUUAUCUCCCCUGGCGACCCAUUAUGGGAAGCGAUGAUUCGUGCUGCGUCCGGCCAAAUGGCCAGAACUUCAGGCGCUCGAAUAUAUAUCGCCGAUGAUUCAGGCUUCGUGGGCGAAAGCGAACUCUAUGAAUGGAUUUUAGGAAAUAACCCUAACACGCUAUUGAAGUGAAGAGGGAUGAGCAAGCUGAAGAAAAUCGUCAAUGUUGCGAAAAGCCGUGACCACCUUGGUGCAGCAGAUCAGAUCUCUAAGUACAUAAGCUACUAGACAUUUGUGUGAAUAUUUACACCCUGGCUACUUGCUUCAAAACUCAAGAAGUCAGCUUUGAUAGGAGGCAUAAGAAUCAUGGAAAAUAAUAUUAUUCGAGGACAAUUCACCAAGUCCAAAGUUGAUAAUUACCGUUUGUCUUCCCUGGGUAACCUGACGCGACAUCUGCGAGUAUUUUUUCCCCCGAAGAUUAUUUUCUUCUGCCGUGGGGACCGCAUGGUUGACCGACAAGGAAAUAUCUGACUUUCUCCUAACCAUGCAGUAGAUAGCCUGGCACAAACCGCAGCCAUUUUAUUAAUAGCCUGUCACAUUCCCCCAUAAAAGCAAAACAUAAUGUGAACACCGACGGCAUGUCAAGUCUUUAUAACUUAGGUGUGUUAAGGUAGUUUUUUGCGAUUGGAAGAAUUUUGACAACCAUGUUUUAUGGAAAUACAAUAGCGCAACAUAUAAAAGUAAAAGUAACAAAUGACAAUGGCCCAUUCUCGUGAAACCGCUUUAUUCUUCCUGGUCGUUUUUUCUUGAAGAUCAUUUGUUGUUCAUUGUCGCGUUUCGACAAACAAAAAUGAGUGGUUAACUAGUUACGGCUGCAAAUGCGGGUGAUGCUUGGCAGGGUGAGCUUAAUUUGACCAUCCUCAGCCUCAGCCAAAGGAAGACCCUCUGUCCCAAGUCAGCUUCAAUGGAUGGAUGUAAGCUAUCCAGUAACAACCUGUUCAAUUUUGAUUUCCUUCUAGAGUCCCUCUCAAUUGCUUCAUAUUGUGCUGUAUGAAGAUUUCCCCCAUGAAGCUGAGGUAGCGACUUUGCUUGCAAGUGCUCUAUCGCAGCACCGUGGCUAACUUGGACGCCCGCUCAAUGCCAUCUUCAAGUAGUUAAUCUUCGAUUAGAUCACUCACCUCUGCCUCCAUCUAUCCUGGAACUCCCAAUUGUGAAUUCCUGAUUAAUAUACCCAUGUUCCAUGGACAUCUUUGUGCUUCUACGUGGUUAAGGUAGCAAGAACAUGCCCAGAAGCAAACAUCUCGUUUCCUCCACGCUUACUAUGGCUAGGCCAAAUAGAUGUACGUUAUACGUUACAUCUUCGCAAUUAGCCAUGCGCCCAGCUCUUCUUUAGGAUCGCAUGAGGGUGCAAUUUAUCUAGUUAUGACUGGCUUGUAGCCUUGAUCUCAGCUUUCGUUUCUUUUCUCUUCUCCAUCAUUUUCUACUACAGACUUCCUCUCUUGUGUGUUUCAACAACAUGCCUCAUCACCACUGCCUGGACGGGCGCUUGCUGUCGACAUUGCUGAAUCCAGUUUUACGUCUAGUUCUCUUUCCUCUACUUAUAUUUCCGUUUUACCCUAGUGCAGAGGUGAUAGCGACUCUCCACCAUGAUACGCCAUCUCAAAGAGAAUUCGCAGAUUGCCCGGUGUUCUACAAACCCAGCCCGUCAGCUUAAGCAGCAGUCAUGUAAUAUAAAAGCAAUAUAACAGAGGACGUGGAGAAUUACCAGUACAAUCCCCUAGGAUCUUACCAGAAGCACCAGAUACUCAUCUAUACGCGGAUUUUCCGUUGACAACAGGGUUUCUAGCGAAGGAUUUGCGGAUGCAAGGAACUAUUUAUUGUUUUUGUCACUAUCCCAGCCUGAGGGGGAAAAAGGAAAGAGAGAAAAAGUUCCUGAUGCGUUUGAUCGAUUGUAAGCGCAACAAACUUGCCCAGUGGGUUUUCCCGGCAUUUGGGUGUGUAAUGUCUUUAGUUGGCAUACAUGGUGUUUCUUGCGAUUCUGCGGCGAAGCUUGGGCUUAGCGUGGAAGAUUUGAUGGCUUCCAAUCGAGAGAUUUCUACACCUUUUGUUCUUUACCUCGAUUGAUAAUGAUAACAUUUCGCGAUUAAUUGACUUUCAAAAGGGGUAGCCUGCUAUUCAUCUUCGGUUCAAGCUGUCCCCCACAAUGGACUUCUACCCCGCAGGCUGUCAUAUGGCGCUUCGUUCAAUAGGACUCGAAAGGCGCUAAGGGGUUCGAUAUCAAAAAGAAAUCCGUUUUUUGUACGGUUUCCUACCUACGCUACCAUAUAACCCGGCAGCCUCCUAUUUCCAACGAUGCGGUGGCUGGCACUACUCCUGCAGUGAAUUUCACACCCAACGAGGUCGAAUCUAUGUGAAUAUAAGAUGCCAGCCUCCCUAUUUCGUAUCUUCUCAACGCCCCCUCCAUGCUCUUCGUUUCUUUCUUUUUACAUCUUCUCGAUAGCUUCGAAUUUACCAAUCUUCACAACCUUUUGCUUCCCUGCUCUUUACAUCUACUUGACCUUACAUCACUCGGAUAGUCUAUGAGAGUUCCUCGUCGUCUGGACAUCUGAUAUUCGAACCCCAUAAGGGCGAUACAGGCUUCAGAAUAUAUUCCUAUUCUCUGCCGCUGAGCCCAACUCUUCCCAAAAG